CAGAACAUUGCAUGUGUGGACGGCGAGAAAACGAGAUUAGAAACAUUUUAAAAACAAAUAUGUCUGCACAUUGUGUUGCAUAUACCGCCACGCACAACAUCGUACAAUCAUAACUUACAGCUGAAAUGGGAACAACUUUGCAUGGAUGUAAAUAUUUUGUGAGCUAAAUCGAAAUCACAUUCUUUGGUGUGGACAUAAAUGUAAACCUUGUAAAAAUCGUUUGAUGAAUAAGAAAGUUAGGACGCAAUUUAAAGGCCCAUGUUUCACUUUGAACGGAAAGUCGACCUUUUCAACAUGGCCGCUCCCAGGCAUGGAUCUUACCCUGGCUGCCGAUGACUUUAGUUUUUAUUUCUAUGUUUGGGCCCGGCGUCCCGAUUUCUCGGAGGAUCUGAUUGGCCGUGGUUGUGAUCCCUUGCGACGCGAUUGGUCUGUUCGCAGGACCGCAUGUAACGAAAACAGAAAUUAUCAGGAAGCGAAUCGACAACCUCUCGACAUGUCCAUAACAACCGAUCACAUCCGGGAUAAACUCAAAACGGAGCUCGCGGCGGAGCACGUGGACGUGGAGGACAUGUCGCCCAACAGAUGCGCGACCAGCUUUAAAGUCCUCGUGGUGUCGUCCCAGUUUGAGGGCAAGCCCCUCUUGCAGAGACACAGGAUGGUGAACGCCUGCUUAGCGGAGGAACUGAAAGACAUCCACGCUUUGGAACAGAAGACUCUGACGCCGGAACAGUGGGAGAAACAGAAGUCCAAGUGACGACCAGAACCCAACAAGCGUGGGUCCGAAAUGCAAUUGAAGAUGACGGCGGCGGCAAUAAAAACCGGGGCAGCCGCUCUGGCUUUUCCCGCG